CCAGUGGGCACAGCUAGCACUGCUAUUUACAAUAAAUCGUGGGGUAUCCUGACGUGGAAUUGCAGGGAUCCCCUACUGCUACGGUGAUGGUCACAACUUCGAUUUGAAGCCGGCGUAGGGGGCACCACGUGAUAAUUUACUUUUAUGAAGUCCGGUUGGCACGCGUAAAAGACGAGCCGUUCCAUAAUUAGCUGGCGUAAGGGAAGACCUGUAAAAGUAUUCCUCAUUCGCAGCUAAGGCAAACUCCGAGCUGUUUUAGCUUAACGGAGCUACUUUUAAAAUACUUUUUCCAUCGUGAAGUCAUAGCAUUCUAUGGAUUGUUGAUUUUACUUUAAUGCACCAGCCAAUCUUGGAAAAGUUCGCACCUUGCGUCCCUGGAACUUGGUUGAGUUUUUACGUUUUUUAAACAACAUUGUGAAGUGUCUGGAGAAUAGCAAAGCAAGGAAUCAUAUCGAGACACUUACGUUUGAUAGACAGAAACCUAGGAUCUCGGACUGGUGUUGGCUGAAGCGCGGUGGAGAGCUGUGAGCUGAGCGUUCUGCUCUGUGAAGGUGUGCUCGGGUCCACAGGCUACACAGCUGUGCGUCCCUCCGACGAUAAACUCGCUGCUGUUUUUAACUCUCCCGCUUUCAUCCACAUCUUUGGAAUCCGUUUGAUGGCAGCACUUCUAGCUCGGGGAACACUGAGCUGCAUCUUUACCACUUUCGCUGUGUGUUUACCGACAGCGGGGAGUAAAUCCGUGCGAUCUCCCCGAAUAACGGAUCUCUUUGUGUGAUGAGAGAGUUGAAUGGAUUUUCAGGUACUCUUUACUGAAACUAGGAAGUCAGAACCAUGCGAUUUUCAGUUAACAUUUCGGGACCACUUGACUUGUAUGCGUAAAUGCCCUCCACUUUGAUUUUUGCCCAAGAAAUGAGUCUGUCUGAUAUUUAGAUCACUUCAGUGAAUGUUUUCUAGAUAUUUUUUUUAGAUUUGAACUCACUGGAGGAGACGAUGAACCUGUGUGUCGUCAGUCUUUUCCUCAUCUUGGACUUUGCCACCAUGGCGCUAAGUUUGUCCACAUGCAGCACGCUGGACAUGGAUCAAUUCAAGAAGAAGCGCAUCGAAGCUAUUAAAGGGCAAAUUCUGAGUAAGCUGAAGCUUACCAGCCCCCCGGAGAACUUCCCGGAGCCAGAGGAAGUGUCUCGCGACAUUGUCGCCAUUUACAACAGCACCCGGGACCUACUGCAGGAGAAGGCGAAUGAACGGGCGGCGACGUGCGAGCGGCAGCGAAGCGAGGAGGAGUAUUACGCCAAGGAGGUGCACAAGAUCGACAUGCAGCCCUUCUACCCGUCAGAGAAUGUCAUCUCUCCUACACACUUCAACCCUUACUUCAGGCGACUGAUGUUUGAUGUGUCUUCCAUGGAGAAGAAUGCAUCUAACUUGGUGAAGGCUGAGCUCAGGAUCUUCCGUCUUCAAAACCCUGGGGCCCGAGUGCCUGAGCAGCGCAUUGAGCUCUACCAGAUUUUAGGACACAAAGACCUGACAUCACCAACACAACGAUAUAUUGACAGCAGGGUGGUACGAACCCAAACUGAGGGAGAGUGGCUGUCUUUUGAUGUGACAGAGGCAGUGAGUGAAUGGCUGAACCAUAGAGACCGAAACAGUGGAUUCAAGAUCAGCCUGCACUGCCCAUGCUGCACGUUUGUACCAUCAAAUAACUACAUUAUUCCCAACACGAGUGAGGAGCUGGAGGCACGGUUUGCAGGUAUUGAUGACAGCUUUACCCAUGGCAGUGACCUGAAGGUAUUUAAGAAGCAGAGGCACAGUGCUCGGGCUCCACACCUUCUUCUCAUGCUGUUGCCUUCAUACCGGCUGGAGUCCCAGUCCCAGCACAGGAACCGACGAGCCAAGAGAGCCCUGGAUGCUGCCCACUGCUCCAAAAAUGUUCAGGACAACUGCUGUUUACGGUCACUCUACAUUGAUUUUAAGAAGGACCUGGGUUGGAGGUGGAUCCAUGAGCCAAAGGGGUAUGAGGCCAACUUCUGUGCUGGGGCAUGUCCUUAUCUGUGGAGCGCCGACACCCAGCAUUCCAAGGUGUUAGGCUUGUAUAACACUAUCAACCCUGAAGCAUCGGCAUCACCCUGUUGCGUCUCCCAGGACCUGGAGCCCCUCACCAUCCUCUACUACAUUGGCAAGACCCCCAGAAUAGAGCAGCUCUCAAAUAUGAAGGUCAAGUCCUGCAAAUGCAGCUAGAAGCCCUUACAGCUCAUCAUGAACACUCUUCUUGCAAAUGCACGUAUACAUACACACACAGUGGACUUGGGCAUACAUACAGUCAAACUGCAACUGUUCUUUUUCAUUCACUUCUAUACUUCAAGCAGUGUUUUCAUACAGUCACAGUCAGGAAUGGUUGUUGGAGAAUAGAGGUACAGAACAAUUCAAUGCUAAUUUAAUGCAUACACAACAUACAUGAGCAGUGCUGUCAUGAUACCAAAAAUGUGACUUUGAUACCAAUGCUAAUUAGCUGAAGUAUUGCAGUAUCAGGUUAACAUACUGUAGGUUCACACUGCUUAAUGUCAGUAACAAAAUAGAUGAGGCUUGUAUGCAGAGAUUUACAUAAAUAGAAGUCCAAGUUACAGCUUGCCUUUAGUUUGUUUAAUAAUGCUUGGUUUUCCAAGCACCAGUAACUGCUGACUAUGCAAUGUCAUCAUUCAGCUUUAUAUACUAAUUAUACCCUCUUCUCCUAGAAAAAGGCCAGUGCAGUUUACUGGUGCUGCAGCUAAAAUGUGGUCAAUCAAACCAAACUAAAGGCUUCAAAAAUAAAAAAUUUCCCCAAGUAUCAUUGUGAUGCCACAGCAACUGAAAUUAAAUAAUGUUCAUGUAUGUCGCAGGCAGCUUUAUAGUAUGUGGAGAAGAGGAUUUUAGAUGUUAAUCACUGUCUUUAGAUGAAACUCUUCUUCUUGGUAACAGUUUAUAAAUUAAAUGGAAAGGGAUUCAAUUCGUGAAGGGCUUUAAAGAGCUAAGGGCCACUGGAAACUGGUUCCAAACCUCUGACUGAAAUUAAAUGUAUUUUUAAAAAAAGAUCCUAACUGAUAACUCUAACAAGCAUAUUGGAGAAUUAUUGAUAACAGCCUUGCUGACAGCCAAACCUAACAAAUGUGAAAUUACCAAAAAUAUGUAUAACAUCAUUUGAAACAGUCCUGUCAUUAUAUGUUUACAUGCAAGAUCACAAUUCUUUAAUGACCAUAUUAUAGUCUUUAAGAUUUCAGUCCAUCUUGCUUUAGAUGAAAUGUCAGCUGGCAAAAACAUAUUUGAUGAUGAUUGAAAAACCACCUUUAGCAGUGGUAUGAAAGUCAUGCCAACUUGGAUUGUUGUGACACCACUGCACAUGUACAUACAUAUAGUAUACAUGGAGUGACACAAGUAUGGCUGUUGCACAGAUAUGUCUUUAUGCACCACCUCACACGAUUGUCACACCAAGACACAAGAGCAAGGCAAGCACUGGAAGUAUACAGGUGCAG